AAGCAAAACAAAGAGGAAUGCGCAGGCGCAGCAACGGCAGCUGUCUGAACUUUCUGCUGCCGAGGUGGAAAUAGGGUGAUAAAAGUUCAAGAAGCAUUUGUUAAAGACAGUUGAAUACAAAAUUGUGUGUACAUCCGGGAACUAAUGUCGAACUGCGACGUCACCUAAAGUUGAAGGACCACACACGAGGCGCAGCGAAGAGUGAGAACUUUGACUGGUUGUUGACCAACGCGGAAGUGCAGGAGAGGAGUGACUCCGUUUGCCUGUUUACAUGCUUGUUUGUUGAAAAGCUAUCAUUUUGGGGAUGAAGAAAGGCCGGUUGUUUUCUGUGCUGGUGGGCGGAGUCUUCUGUCUCGUGGUUCUGCUGCUGUACCAUAUGCUUGACCUGAUGCAGGGGGCAGAGCUUCAGCGCGGUGGGGACGGGCCGUCUUCGCAGUUGGAUAAUGAUUUGUACCACCUCCGGCAGAAGAUUGACAAGUUGGAGCAUCUUCUGAGCAACAACAACCGCUUGGUGGCAACUUUGCGAGAUUCUCUGAUGCAGCAAAACACAUUCAACAAAGAGAUGGGGAAGGCCAACGUGAGCUCAGAGUCCGUGGACAGAAUGACCGGUUGUCGAUUGACUGGGGGAGAAACUGACGGACCUGCGCAGAUGCUGGAUGUUUACGACCUCCUGCCCUUUGAUAACCCGGAUGGCGGUGCCUGGAAACAGGGCUUUGACAUCCAGUACCGGGGAAAUGAAUGGGACCAGGAGCCGCUGGAGGUUUUUCUUGUCCCACAUUCACACAAUGAUCCUGGAUGGAUAAAAACUUUUGACAACUACUACCAAGAUCAGACCCGUCACAUCUUCAACAACAUGUUGACUAAACUUGGCGAGGAUCGCAGGAGGAAGAUGAUCUGGGCGGAGGUGAGUUAUUUCUCCAAAUGGUGGGCGGAAAUCGACGAGCAGAAGAGAGACAUGGUCAAACGUCUGCUGGCAGACGGGCAGCUGGAGCUGGUGACCGGCGGCUGGGUCAUGCCUGAUGAAGCCAACUCUCACUACUUUGCUCUGUUGGAUCAGCUGAUCGAGGGACACCAGUGGAUUCACAGACACCUGGGUGUGAAGCCGAGCAGUGGAUGGGCCAUCGACCCCUUUGGCCAUUCCCCAUCCAUGACGUACCUCUUAAAGGGGGCGGGACUUAGCAACAUGGUUAUCCAACGAGUUCACUACGCGGUGAAGAAACACUUUGCACAACAACGGACACUUGAGUUUUUAUGGCGACAGAGUUGGGAUACGUCGUCCCGCAGUGACAUAAUGUGUCACAUGAUGCCCUUCUACAGCUACGAUGUGCCGCACACAUGUGGUCCUAACCCGGCUGUGUGCUGUCAGUUUGACUUCCAUCGGCUGCCGGGGAGGCGGGUCACCUGUCCGUGGAAGAUCCCGCCACAGCCAAUCACAGACGACAACGUCCAGGAACGAGCUCUGCUCUUAUUGGACCAGUACCGUCAGAAGUCUCUCCUCUUCCGCUCCUCCGUUCUGUUCGUUCCUCUGGGUGACGACUUUCGGUUUGUGGAGUCGAGUGAGUGGGACGUCCAGUUCACCAACUAUCAGAAACUCUUCGACUACUUUGACCAACACCCAGAGCUCCACGUGAAGGCUCGGUUCGGGACCCUCUCAGAUUACUUCCAGUCCCUUCAUAGACGCCUGAGCUCCAGAGGAGAGACGCCGCCGAAACUGGGCGGAGACUUUUUCACCUACGCUGACCGUGACGAUCAUUACUGGAGCGGAUACUUUACCUCCAGACCUUUUUACAAACGUCUGGACCGGAUGCUGGAAGCCGUGCUCAGAGGGACAGAAAUUCUCUUCAGCCUGACGCUAGCAGAAAUGCGUCGUUUCCGUGGGAACGGUCAGCUGGUGGAAGGGUUCCCGGCUAAAGAGCACUUCCAGCGUCUGACGGAGGGAAGGAGGAACCUGGCCUUGUUCCAGCACCACGACGCAGUCACAGGCACCGCUCGUGAGGCCGUGGUGGUCGACUAUGGUACCAGGCUUUUUCACUCCAUCUUAAACCUCCGCCAAGUUCUGCAAAGCUCCGCCCACUGGCUGCUGCUAUUGGACAAGGGCCUGUACCACCACGACCAAUCCAAGCCCUUCCUGCAGAUGGACGACGCCAUCGCGGCCCACGAUGCUCUGCCUCAGAAGACCGUGCUGACCCUCAGCAGUGAGCCAAGGUCAGUGGUCGUCUUCAACCCCGCGGAGCAGCUUCAAACGUCCGUCGUCAGCAUCAACGUCGACUGUGCUGACGCCGUCGUCGUGGACGCAGAAACGGGUCGACCAAUGGUCGCACAGAUCUCUGCCGUGUGGGAGAAGCCGAGUGUGGCGUCCACACAAGUUUUUCAGCUCUCUUUCGUGGCAGAACUUCCUCCUCUGUCACUCGUGGUGUUUUAUGUGACCGAGGCGAGGCCUGGCUCCGCCCACAGGGCAGAGUACACCUUCGUCCAUCACGGCGGUCCUCUGAGUGUUCAGACAGAACACUUCCAGGUGUCCGGCCUCGACCGACCUGCAGAGAGCGCUCUUUCACUCAGUAACAAACAGGUCCAGGUGUGGAGUUCUCCAGACACCGGUCUGCUGCAGAAGCUGCGUCUGAAGUCUGGUCUAGUUCGUCAGGUCCAGGUCCAGUUCCUCUGGUAUGGAACCAGAUCUGGAAGGAACCAGGACAAGAGUGGAGCAUAUCUGUUUCUGCCGGGGGAGGAAGGAGCCCAGUUGUACUCACAGUCUGAGCCACCAUUGAUCCGGGUCUCCAGAGGUCCAGUUUUCUCUGACAUCACCACCUACUUCAGACACUUCACACACACGCUCCGACUCUACCAGCUGGAAGGGCAUGCUGGGAAAUCUCUGGAGAUCUCCAACACAGUGGACAUCAGGUCAGAGGUCAACCGCGAGCUGGUCAUGAGGCUCAGGAGCGACGUGGCCAAUGGCAACCGUUUCUUCACUGACCUCAAUGGUUUUCAGAUGCAGCAGCGGAGGACGCUGACCAAGCUCCCGCUGCAGGCCAACUUUUACCCGAUGAGCUCAGCGGCGUUCCUUCAGGACCAGGCGUCUCGUCUGACGCUGCUGUCGGCCCAGAGUCAGGCCGUGGCGUCGCUCAGACCAGGCGAGCUGGAGGUGGUGCUGGACCGGAGGCUGCAGCAGGACGACAACCGCGGCCUGGGUCAGGGCGUCACCGACAACAAGGUGACGGCCAGUCUGUACGACCUGCUGCUGGAGGACAGGACGGCCGAGGCUGCGGAAGUGGGCGGGGCCUCUGUGGAACACCUCUCACUGCUCGCCCACCUGACGUCGCUCUCCCUGUCCCACCCGCCUUUCACCAUGUCCGUCCCCGGCGGCGCCCACGCGGUCACGCUGCGGCCGUUCAGGCCACUGCGCUCGUCUCUUCCCUGUGACGUUCACCUGGUGAACCUGAGAACUCUGGAGGACCAGCAGGAAGCACAGACUCCCUCCCGAGAGGCUGCGCUGCUCCUCCACAGGAAGGGGUUCGAUUGCAGAGCCGUCCCUGAUCCUUCACCUGUUUGUACAUGGAGCGAUCGGCAAGAGGUGGAGCUGGACGACCUCUUCUCUCCUCUCCAGUUUGGUUCCAUUCGCCGCUCAGCUCUCACUCUUCUCCAAGAAGACGAGGAGGAGGCGGAGUUCGCCCAGCAACACAAGACUCAGCUGCGGCCAAUGGAAAUCGCCGCCUAUCGAGUGGAGCUGGACUGAACCUGGACACGACGACGAUUACUUCAUAGUUUGUCGUUUAAAAAAAAUGGGCCAGUGUGAAAUUCUGACGCUAAUUUCUAUUCUAUGUGUUCCAAUACCAGAAGGACAGAAAGUUUGUUUUUUUAUCUUUCUUUGAGGAUUCGUGAUCGUUUUAUCAACAAAAUCUGUGUUUUAUUUUUGAAUUAUCGUCCAUCUGUUCUGGAGCGCUCCUCUCUGUCGUCGCAGCUAAAGGAAAAAGUGAUUCUUACAGAUAUUACGUAAUGAUGCUAACAUCGUGGUAUAUGUUGAAAUCUGCAGUAUUCAGAGGAAGUCCAGUGUCACCUCGUUAUUUAGGCGUCGCCUGCCUCCGUGGGAAAACGGUAUUUGCCCGAUUCCAAACAAGCCUACGUCCUACUCUGUUACUUUGUCAGACGGAAAUACUAAUUAGGCCAAGGAACCAAAGGUGGCGCUGUCGUACGUCUAAACUCACCCUCUGCUUCUUGACAGGAUCCUGCACCAGAUUUUGGACAACUCUCAAAAAACACGUACACUAUAAAGUCCGUAUAGACAAGGUUUUAUCACCUUUGAACUCACCCAUCCCUGCGACGUGUUAGAAGUUACAUUUAUGUCAUGUUACUGUUUUUAAAUGUAUCAGUGUUUGAAUUUUUUUUUUUUUUUCCCAAAUCCAGUUCAUCCAAUGAACGAAUAACCACUGAUUGAUCAUCAAUGAUUCCUCACAGCUCAGGCUUAGACUUUGUGACAAGUUUCAAGUUAAAGUUUAGAAAGAAAUGUUUUGUCAAAGGGACCAAAUUAUUUGUUUGUUUGUUUGUUUUUGCUGCUGUGAUUUUCUCUACACGUGAAUGUUUAAUAAGGGAUUAUGGGUAAAUGCUAAAAGUGUGAUCCAUUGUCAUUUUAACGAUUGUUGCUUUCAUUUUCUAUUUUUGACACUGGAGAUAAAACUUUUCUUAUUUUGUAAUUUUUCUAAUUUAAAAAAAUGUUGGUCAAAUGCACAUAUAUUUAUGUGUUCAGAAAUGUAAAGAAAAAAAUUUAUAUUUGUGAGAUUGACAAAGGUUCACACUGUUAAACAUGCAGGUUGUUUUUUUAAUUCAAAGUCUAUAUUUUCUAUCUAGAGUGAAAUAUAAUGUUAUUAUGACUGUGAAUUUGUUGUAAUAGAGUUUUAUGGGACGCGUUUUAACAGGAAAAUAAAUUAUUGCUGGAUCUUUU